UAAUUUCUUCCAUCUAAUCUAUCUGCAGUACUGUUAAUUUCUCUUUCAUAUUAUUUUUUAAAGAGAAAAACUACUGCAAUAAAUAAAUAAAAAAAAAAUUAAGAAUCCCUCUAUCUCUAUAUUAUUAUUAAUAAUAUUACCUUUUUUUUUAAUUUAUUUUGUUCAUCUUCUAAAAAAAUAAUAAAAUUAAUAUAAUGGCACGCCAAGUUUUUAUUACCCUAGCUCUUGUCGUCGUGGCGGUAGCCGGAGUUGUAGCCGAAAACAAGGCACCGGCCACCAGUCCCACCGCCUCGCCCUCUCCAAAAUCAUCUCCCUCACCUUCUCCGCCGGCCGCUUCACCAAAACCUAGCUCCGGUAACAGUACCCAAGCUCCAAAAUCCUCACCAACAACCCCAACCACCGCUCCGGCUAAGGCUCCAUCCUCUUCAUCUUCGCCCUCGGCUCCUUCUCCAAAGUCCUCCGAGACUCCAGCAUCCUCCCCUGACUCCUCCUCCUCCUCUGAGACUCCGGCUUCCUCCCCCGAAUCCUCUGAUGCUUCUUCUCCUCCCUCUCCUGGAAGCGAUGACUCAGCCGUGUCACCGGCCCCAGCGGAGGAAAACACUGGUAUCUCCGAUGGACCCUCCCCCGCCGAAGCUCCAGCUGCAGAUGGUGGAAGCAACGGCGCCGCCGCUCUCGGUGCCUCAUCAGGUGUCGUGGCGGUCGGUGUUGCUGCCGUGGUUGGGUUCUUUGCUUUUUAAUUUAAUUAAUUAAUUAUUAAAAAAAAUAAAUUAGCAGUUGCAUGUGUGUUUAACAUUUUAAUACUUAAUUAGGGAGGAAAUAAUGAUCUUAAUUAACCUCUAUAAUAUAUAUUAUAUAUUAGAGGUAAUAAUUAAUGUCUUUGAUGAUGAUAUGAGUACGUAAUUAAUUUGAUUCUCUUGUUAAUAUAAUAAGAGAAUAUCAUAAACACAA